AUGGGCUGGUGGGAUAGUCUCUGGGCGUCGAGCUCGAAUAACGACCCGCUGCGAAAGCUCGACCCGAAGCUCCGCGAAUUCCUCGAGCGAGAAUCACCAGUGAAAUACAGCGCAGCGCAAGCAACUCAACCCCGCGCAAAAGAGGAGCAACCAGCUCCGACGAUAACGGAGGUAGAAGAAGAACAACAACAACAGAGGAAUGCACCGGUAGUUCCAAAGGAAAGUCAAUUCCAAGAUGGUAGAUAUGCGCAUCUAUGGAAGACAUACAGGCCGUUAGCUGAGAUCGAGGCCGAGACCAAGAGCGAUCAUGAGAAGCUAAUGGACGUAUUGGAGGGGUAUAAGGAGCGCAAGAGCCAGAUUGGAAAGGCGGCGCUGGAGAAUUGCGCACUCGAACAGGUCGAUUGGAGGCAGUGCAUGUCGAAUCCGACGGUGACGGAGCGCAUGACUAUGUGCCGUGAUCAGAUCAGGAAGUUUGAAAAGUGCUACAUGACGCAGACUAGACUACUAAAAGCCUUGGGUUACCUAUCAACUCUCGACCGCUCUCCCGAAGCCGAAGAAGAGAUCCAAAUGCACGCCGACACACUAUACCACCGCCUGAUGUCGCAAGAGGCCGAGAUCACCGCAGCAAGAGAGGAGGGUCGUCCAAUUCCUCGAUUCCCCCCAAUAAUACCGAGACUAGAACAACAGCAGCACCAAACACAGCAGCCCGUAGAAGAGCUGACACAAGAACAGCAGGAGACUCUCAAGGCGCGGUUAAAGAAAGUGGCAGAGGAAGACCGAGCCGCAGAAGAACAGGCCGUCAGGGCGGAAUUCCGCGUCAAGGCCGAAGUCGCAUCGCGGGUGCAGGACUUGUGGAAGCAGCAGGAGCAAGAAAGACAAGCGCGAAAGGCGAGGGGUGAGGAGACGCUGUGGGAUAAGGUCACUGGAACUUUCCGUAGUGAUAACGGGAAAUGA